AUGGAGCCCUCUGAAAGCAGCAUGAACCAAACCAUCAAUUCCACCAGGAACCUGACUUACUCUCCCUAUUACCAGCAUUCCCUGUCUGUUGCAGCCAUCUACAUCGUUGCCUACCUGUUCAUCUUUGCCUUGUGCAUGGUUGGGAAUGGCCUGGUUUGCUUUGUGGUGCUGAAAAAUGCCCGGAUGAGGACUGUCACCAAUUUAUUCAUUCUCAACCUGGCCAUCAGCGAUUUGCUGGUGGGAAUCUUUUGUGUGCCUACCACACUAGUGGACAAUUUAAUUACAGGCUGGCCCUUCAGCAACAGCAUCUGCAAGAUGAGUGGGCUCGUGCAGGGCAUGUCUGUUUCAUCCUCUGUCUUCACCUUGGUGGCAAUCGCUGUGGACAGGUUCCGCUGCAUCGUGUAUCCGUUUAAGUCAAAGCUCACCCUUUUCCAGGCCCUCAACACCAUUGCCAUCAUCUGGGUGCUGGCCAUCACCAUCAUGUGUCCCUCUGCCGUCAUGCUCACAGUCGCUCAGUUGGAGGACAGCUACAUGGUCUAUGAUGACAAUCGGAGCAUGGCUUACCCCUUGUACUCCUGCUAUGAGGCCUGGCCUGACAGCGAGAUGCGCAAAGUCUACACCACAGUCCUUUUUGUCCACAUCUACGUAGCCCCACUGAUUCUUAUCACAUUCAUGUAUGGCAGGAUUGGGUUUAAGCUGUACAGGUCUUCAGGCCCGGUGAGUCGGCACCAGGUGGUAAGUGAAGAUCGGUGCAGUACGGUGGUCUCCAGGAGGAAAGUCAAGGUCAUUAAAAUGCUGAUCCUAGUGGCAUUGCUCUUUAUGCUCUCCUGGCUUCCCUUGUGGACACUGAUGCUGCUUACAGACUAUGUCAAACUGGAGGACCAACAGAUCAAUCUGUUGACUAGUUAUGUCUUCCCCUUUGCACACUGGCUUGCCUUCUCCAACAGCAGCGUCAACCCCAUCAUCUAUGGUUACUUCAAUGAGAACUUCAAGAGAAGCUUCCGGGCAGCCUUCAAGCUCCAGAGUUGUUCUGAUGAGAUGGUCCAUCAAGAGGCAUAUCCUGAAAGGACAACUGUCAGCACCAGUGGCCUUGGUGCUCGGAACAAAAUCUUCACCGACGGAGACUCCUCAGACUCGGUCUGCUUGAAGGAUUUGCACCCUAAAGCUUCUUGCGCCCUGCAGACUGGAUGUGACCAAAGACAAGGACUUCAUGUUGAGGAUAUUGGUGACAUCACACCCCUGAAUAAAGUCUGCAAAGCCUGGGUCGCCUGA